AACUUUAAUAUAAUGUAAAUUUUAUUUUUUAAUAUAAUACACAGUUAACAAUUUUAUACUAGCAUCAAUUUGCGGCAAGUAGGAGAGGUGUUGGUUGCCUCCGCCGGAAAACACAAGAAGAGAUCAAUGGAAGCCAUUCAUCUUCUCAGAGCUAUCAAACCCUUCAGACUCCACCCGAAACUCACCGAAUCUAUCCGCGUUCGACGCUCCCCUUCGUCUUCUUCGCUUGCUUCGAAGACUCAAACGGGAGGAAGAAAGGCGGCAAUGAGAGAAUAUGACGGACUAUUGUUGGACGCUGCUGGUACAUUAUUGCAGUUGGCUAAGCCUGUUGAAGAGACUUAUGCUUCCAUUGGCACAAAAUAUGGCCUUACCACCACACCAGCUGAGAUAAAGAAAGGUUUCAAGAGAGCAUUUUCUGCUCCAUGGCCCGAAGGGCUGCGGUAUCAGGGAGAUGGAAGACCAUUUUGGAAGUUCAUUGUUUCCGUAGCAACUGGUUGUAGUGAAGAAGGUUACUUUGAAGAAGUUUACCAGCACUAUGCAAAUGGGGAUGCUUGGCGUCUGCCAGCCGAAGCCUCUGAUAUUUUAUCAAAUCUUAAAGAUAGUGGAGUCAAACUGGCAGUUGUGUCCAAUUUUGACACCCGUUUGAGGAAGUUAUUGGAGCAUCUCAAUGUGGUUCAUCUGUUUGACGCAGUAAUAGUGUCUGCAGAGGUUGGAUAUGAAAAACCGGAUGCUAAGAUAUUUGAAGCUGCUCUGGAUCAGAUAUGUGUAAAAAAGGAAAUGGCAGUCCAUGUUGGAGAUGACCCUAAGGCUGAUAGGGAAGGUGCUAAUGCUGCUGGAAUUGAGUGCUGGCUAUGGGGCACAGAUGUGAAGUCUUUUGCUGAUAUACAGAGCCGUGUUGUGAUUGAGCCUUGAAAACUGCCAAAAACCGUUAUAUCCGGCGAGCAGAAAAUGCACUCAUUUAAACUUUCACUCUCCUUUAGAGAAUGUUGAAGUUAUGUUUCUCAUUCCAUUUAAAGAAUGACUUGUGGCUCUUUCCUCUGCACAAAUCUCAACCACACGAUUUCAUUCUUCUUCAACUCCAUAAAACAACAAAUGGGAAUUUAGUUUAGGACGGAGGGAGUAAAAGAAUGAAUGUCAUUCUUGCCAUUGUCUUCUCUUUAUUCCUACAGCUUUCCAAGAUCUUCUUGGAAAUCCAAAAUAUGGCGUGAGAGGUGGAAGCAUAUUGGAGUCCCACAAAUUAUACCGUAC